UGGGUGCCCAGUAUGUUUGUAAACUGGGUUUUUGUAUAAUUUUACCAAAAUACUAAUAUAUCCAGUGAAAAUAAUUUGUUUUUAAGAAUUAAUCGUAUUAGUGUAAGAUAUAUUUGGCGUAACAUAAGGUAUUUAUUAGCUGUUUGGUGUGUACGACUGAAAUUUUUAUUAGAAUAGGGGUUAGGUUACCCUUGCGGCCUUAUUGCAAACGAAACGUUCGAAUGUGGCACCUAAUAAUAAAUAAAAUAUUCGACAUGAAGUAAACAUUUUUUUGCGCUGUUUAAUGUAAACACCAGGAAUUGUCAACAUUAAAUGAAGUGCAUGGCUAAAAGAUAUACAAAAUCAUGAUGACUUUAUCUGGAUGUUGGUAACUUUUUGCUGGAUUCAAGGAUGCAAGGCCUGGAGGCUGCAUGUGAGGAGGAACAAUAUUCGGUGAAAAGACUCAAAUCGAGUCGUUCCUCCUUGCCUCUGUUAUGCCCCCAGGAACCCUCGACAUCUGCAUCGACAUCAACCAAACCAGAAAUUGUCGAUAAUCCUUCAGGUAAACCGCCCAUUGAUAUUUCCCGAAAACUUUUAGAAUUGUACGAAGAAGAAUGCGGUGGAGGCGCCGGCAUUGCAGGAGACGAGGACGAAGAUGAAGAGGACGAGGAAGAUGAGGAAGACGAGGACAUAUGUAGCAAAUCAGGGGAAAAAUUGGAAGCUAAAUAUACGCCAAUUCUACUAGAAAAACUUGUAGCUAAAGAAAGACUGAACACAAUGAUUUUAAAUCUUUACCCCGACAACAAAGGCUACUCAUUGGCAUUCAGGAAGUUGUCUCGUAGCGAUCCCAAUUUUACCGAAGAUACUGCCAAUAUGGUUGAAACCAAACUGUGGCCUUACGAGGAGGAUGACCUUCUUUGGUAUAUCGAUAAUGAAGAACUUCCACCGUUUAUUUUAGACCUGCUAGAUUCGUUAGAUCCACAGUUUAGUUACCUUUUUUAUAAUGGUUGCAUCAUAGCCGAAGUUAGAGACUACAGGCACACUUAUCCGCAAUUAAGAUGUGAUGUAUAUCAUGUUUUACUUAGGCCUACAUCCAGGAGUAUUAUGGCAGACAUAAAUAAUAUAAUCGAGAAGAAACCGGAUUGGACCAAUGAUGAAAAAGACCAGCUGGAAAGCCAAUUGCUAAUGGCCAAUACGCCGAUGUUAUGUUUGGAUCCCGACGUUUCAAUAGGCGACGAAGUAACGGAAAUAUACAAUAGGAGACGAAUGUGGAAUACUCACAAGUUUAGACGGAUGGCUAAGAAAUUUUCACAAGUUACACUCAAUAGAAAACGGAAAUUGGACUCGCUCACUCACAGGCACGGCUUAGAAUUUUACGAAUCUCUCUCUAUGAUUAGGAACAAACCAAAGACCACAGUUACUGCAGACGGCGUUACAAUGCUGAGCUCAAAACCUCUAAAGACGAAUACAGACGAUUUAAGACUUCCACCUAUUACUAGUUUAGAGCCACCACCGCUUGCACCACCGGAAAUAGACUUUCUGAAGAAUUACGACAAGCUAGAUGAGGGAAGGAAGAAGGACAAAGUAAACGAAAAGAGAGAAGAUACCGUAAGAAAGAAAGAUAGCGGUGAUGAAAAACGAGAUGGAAACGGCGAUGAAAAAGGCGAAAAGAACGCCGAAGACAAGGGUGAAGAGAUGGGGAAGGAAAAGGGAGAGGAGAACAUAGACUGUAGCCCACAACUAAUUGAAGAAUAUAUUUUAGAAACGGAUAUGCCAUCCAAAGAUAAAGGUACACCUAGGGUAUAUCAUAUCAAAUUGUCAAUUCUACAACGACCUUCCGAUUUGGAAUACUUAGGGGAAUUAUAUGUCGAUAGAGACUACAAGAAGAAUGAGCAAAAUGGUGUUACUUUCAGAUUUUCAUUGGGUUCUAGGGAUAAUGUUAAUAGAUAUAUUGACCAAUUUGCUGAGAUUUUUACUGAAAGCGGAAGAAAAAGAGUCAGAGUCAACUGGAUACCUAGGAAUUCCAAAGAAAGAGGAGCCCAGGGACAGGGGAGUUCAGGACGAUCGCAACUGAAUGCACAGGGUAGCAGUCAUAAUUUACCUCAGAACACUAUACAAAGAUUGACCCAAACACUUCAAAAUCAAAAUUUAUCUGCUAUUAAUGGAACCAACGCCAGUAAUAUCGCUAUACAAAAACAAAUGCAGAGUACUUCGAAUGUUCCAAUAUUGCAAAGCCAAUUACAAGGACCACCGAAAUCUGCGGUGCAGGAUCAGAGGACGGGAUUUAACGCUGUAUACGCUGAAAUCAAGGACUACGUCCAAAAUUUUGAGAGCGCAAAAAAAGAACAACAACAGCAGCAACAACAACAACAACAACAACAACAACAAAGAAUACAAUUACAAAGACAACAACAACAAACGAAGCUAUCGGGAAGCACCCCUACGAUGUUGAAUUUGCUAAACAGUUCGCCGAUGUCUAACGUGAAUAGUGACGCGAUAGGAAACGCUCGCAGCAAUUCUCAAACGUUACCGCAACAGUUACAAACUAUGAACCAAAAAAUCUUGGCGCGUAAAAUGACUCUGCCGAACGUGACGAAUGCUCGCGUGAUAAGUCAUAACAAUUUAAUAGCGAUAAAUAACAAUCGUUUGAGUUUGCAAGAUUUACAACAACUAGGCCAGCAGCAAUCACAGACUAUAACCUUAACAUCCGUCAAUGGUAACAGUUAUUCUAACUUUACUUCGGUGCCGGUUAAACAAGAGGUGAAUCAAAGAAUAGUAGGGAGUAGUUCUAGUGAAAACAAAUCGUUAUCGGCGUUGCUGGUGGGAACCCCCGCGGCCGAUAGACCCGACAUCAUCGGGCCUAAUACUAACUCAUUGUUACUAGAAAAGCUGGAGGAUUCUCCCAAUAAUUCGCAACAAACUCAUUUCAUUCAAAGUUCCAAGGGCAACCAUCAGUUUAUGGUUCAAUCGCCCAAAGGAAACACGGUACUUAGCCCUAUGUCGAGUCCGCCGCCGCAAAGCAGCGGCACGAUUAACAUUCAAAGUUUAAAUCUCGCGCAACUGCAGGGCAUAACAGGUUUCCAGGUGCAGUUUCCGGGAUUCGCGCAGUCCGUAUCGUUGCCAUUGAACGUUUCGACGACGGGAAGCAUACAGGGCCAUCCGACGAGUUUAAUAGUUUCGUUGCCCGUUACUACCGCGACUCAAACUUCAAAUACCGUUACGCAGGCUGCUGGAAAUAGUUCUGUUGGCGGCGUUGGAGUUGCACCGCAGACUAUGGUUCUGGCUAAUACUAGUGCUUCAGACUUAGCUCAAUUGGUGGCAUCAGGUGUGAAAGGAGUGACACAACAAGGUCUCAGGACCUCGGGUGGUCAGCAAACGAUGUCCUUAACGCAAGGAGGUCAACCGUUUCAGUUUUUUACUUCAAUCCAGAGACCUAGAGUGCAACAAACCGUCUCUCAAUCUCAAACGUUAACGGCUCGGAAUCUCCAAAGAACACCGAUUACAAUCAAGAUGGCAACACCUGGAACAAAUGCCUCAUCGCAAGUUACGUUGGCUUCAAGCUCGGCUAUCAAUAACCAAUUGCAAAAGCAAGCUCACAUUCAGCAGUACCAACAGCUCUGUCUUAACCAAUCCAAUUUAUUGGGCAACAUAAGAAGAAGAACUAGUACUUCAGAUCCGCAAUAGUCGUUCUUUUUUAGAAAGUUCAGUAAUGUACAUUACAUAUUAAGCUAGUCUUAUUUUUUUUAUAUUCGAAAAACUUUUGUCAAUACUUUUUAUAUACAUAAAAACUGCCACUAUACGAAAACAGCUUCCCUGGCUAGAUUGUAGAAAGGAUGGUUUCCUUUUGCACAACUUUUAUUACAGUAUUAUUAAUAUAUUAAUUAAAAUGACAUUGCUUAAUUAAAAUUUAGUUUUAAAAUGUUAGUUAACAAUAUUUCGAAUGAGGUAAAUAACAGCUUACGUUGAUUUAUGAUAAAAUAAAUUGUAUGCAAAAAGAAGCCCAUUCUAAUGUAUCUACAAUUUUUCUUUUUUUUUUUUGAAAAAAAAAGAGAUUUGUGAUCUCAAGUUACUGCUCGUUACAUUACACAAUUUAUUGUUGUUCCUAUGUGUAUAAAUGCAUGUAUUGGUGCCAAAAAGAGUACCGUUCAGUGUUUUCCACUUCAUAAUUCUAUUUACGAAAUGUGUAAUAUUGACUGUCUUCUAAAGAAUUAAAUGAAUUUUAAUAUCGUUCCAUUUCUGCGACUUUAGUUAACAACUGGCAAGUUCAAGAAAGUGCCGACAUCAAAUUAAACUCAGUUCUUGGUUUUAUUUGUGAUGCUAUUCACAUACAAAGUGUCAAUCACCCCCAGUCAAUAUUGUAGCUCAAUUAACUCAUUAACAAUGGAUUUAUGUAAAUUAUUGAAGUUUUAAAAAUUAGUGAGAUGUUACAUAAAAAAAAUCUAUUUAGAAUUUUUUUUUUGUAAUGUAAAGAAAAUUCGAUAUAUUGCUUGGGCAGGUGCUGCUUUCAUUUAUUAAUAUCAUAUUUGAGAACUGUGCCAAAUUUUUUAAAUCUUGCUGUUUGUUAUCUACGAGUCACAUCGAAAUCGAUUAGCAUAUCUUUGUUCAUUUUUUACGAUCAUUAAUGUAUUUCUUUGGGUUACGAGUCGUGGAAUGAUAAUUAUCUUUGUGUAAUCAUCUCUCAUCAGUACAAAUUAAUUUAAUAGCAUUCAAAUCAUAGGACUUGGUGUAAAACGGUUUUGUGCUUUGUUAAAUUCAUAUAUUUUCAAAUCGAAAUUGUGUAUAUAAUGGUUGAUUGUAUUUUUUUAUUUAAUUAUUUGUAAACUUUUAUCAACGAACAAUAUUUUCCGUAAAUAUAGUUUUCACGAUAUAUUUAGCGAUAUUCUUUUACAAUAACAGAAUAAGUGUGAUAUAAUUUAUAGUUCAAUAUAGUCUUGUUUAUUUUAGACAGUAAUAAU